AUGAUAUGGAGGGGAUUGGAACACUUGAAUCACAUGAUAUGGAGGGGAUUGGAACACCUGAAUCACAUGAUUGGAGGGGAUUGGAACACCUGAAUCACAUGAUUGGAGGGGAUUGGAACACCUGAAUCACAUGAUAUGGAGGGGAUUGGAACACCUGAAUCACAUGAUUGGAGGGGAUUGGAACACCUGAAUCACAUGAUAUGGAGGGGAUUGGAACACCUGAAUCACAUGGUAUGGAGGGGAUUGGAACACCUGAAUCACAUGAUAGGAGGGGAUUGGAACACCUGAAUCACAUGAUAUGGAGGGGAUUGGAACACCUGAAUCACAUGAUUGGGAGGGGAUUGGAACACCUGAAUCACAUGAUAUGGAGGGGAUUGGAACACCUGAAUCACAUGAUUGGGAGGGGAUUGGAACACCUGAAUCACAUGAUUGGGAGGGGAUUGGAACACCUGAGUCACAUGAUUGGGAGGGGAUUGGAACACCUGAAUCACAUGAUUGGGAGGGGAUUGGAACACCUGAAUCACAUGAUUGGGAGGGGAUUGGAACACCUGAAUCACAUGAUUGGGAGGGGAUUGGAACACCUGAAUCACAUGAUUGGGAGGGGAUUGGAACACCUGAAUCACAUGAUUGGGAGGGCGGGGGACAAU